AUGGUUGGACGUAAGAACCUGCAAACCACUGUUGUUGGAGGAGGAAACGGAGGAGCAAUAGGUGGAACCGUUGGAAGUCUUCUUGGAGGAAAUCAAGAUGUUCUCCAAAACCUUUUGGGUGUUCUUGGUGAAAAUCCAGUUACACAACUAGUCUCUAAACUUUUGGCUGCAAUCAGCAGUAUUCUCAGCAACCUUCCAUCAGUAUUCGAUCAAUUGUCUGCCAUUAUAAACAAUAAGGAUCACACACUUCCGCAACAGACUCAAGCUAUUGAUGCUCUAAAGCAGCAGUUCCCAGUUGAAAUCGACACUGUCUUCUACAUUGCUUCUCAAGUUGCCAAGACGCUCCGAGGAGGAAACGGAGGAGUUGUUCCAGAACUUUUAGAAGUUCCAUCUGUACCAGAGACUCCACGAAAUCCAGUCUAA